GCCGGCUAUAGAAUGGCAAAAGAGGGCGAAACGAUUCGUGUCGAUAAAGAGCUCGAUCUAUCGAAUGCGGGCCGUGGUGUGUGGCUCGUCAAGGUACCGAAAUACAUGGCCAACAAGUGGGAAAAAGCACCAGGCAACAUUGAGGUGGGCAAGCUGAAAAUUUCCAAACAAGUCGGCCAAAAGGCACAGGUAUCGCUUACACUGUCCGAUGCGGUGAUAAACAUUGAUCCGGCCGAGGAAAUUCCUCGCGACCAUCGGCUAGAUGUGUCGGUUGUGACGAAGCAAACGUUGGGAGUGUUUUCGCACGCCAUCACGACCACCCGGGAUGAUCCGGUGCCAGAGUGUGAGAAGCAGUACAUGGAGGGCCGGAUCGUGCAGAAGCUAGAAUGCCGUCCGUAUGCCGACCAUUGCUACAUGAAGAUGAAGCUCGAAUCGAUCCGAAAAGCUUCCCAGCCGGCACGGCAAGUGAAAUCGCUCGAGAAGAUCGUGCACAACUACAAACCCGUCUCGGACCACAAGCACAACAUCGAGGACCGGGAGCGGAAGAAGGCGGAGGGUAAGAAGAGCCGCGACGACAAGAAUGCGGUCCUGGACAUGCUGUUCAAUGCGUUCGAGAAGCAUCAGUAUUACAACAUUAAGGAUCUGGUGCGGAUCACCCGGCAACCGAUCAGCUAUCUGAAGGAGAUCCUCAAGGAGGUGUGCGAUUACAACAUGAAAAAUCCGCACAAAAACAUGUGGGAGCUGAAGAAGGAGUACCGGCAUUACAAGGAGGAUGACAAGAAGGAGGACGACGCAACGAAGGACACGAUGUCGGACAGUGACAGUGACUGAUUGUGAUAUU